GAGAGAGAGAGAGAGAGAGAGAGAGAGAGAGAGAGAGAGAGAGCAAUGGGGAACAGGCACCUCUGCUGCCUGUGCUUGCUCCUUCUCCUGGGACUGGCGUCCGGCCAGGUCCUGUUCCAGGCGUUCAACUGGGAGUCGUGGAAGCAGAGCGGCGGAUGGUAUAACCUCCUGAUGGGGAAGGUCGACGACAUCGCCUCCGCCGGCGUCACGCACGUCUGGCUCCCGCCGCCGUCGCACUCCGUCUCCACCCAAGGUUACAUGCCUGGCCGUCUGUACGACCUGGACGCGUCCAAGUACGGGACGGCAGCGGAGCUCAAGUCCCUGAUCGCCGCGUUCCACGGCAAGGGCGUGCAGGUGGUGGCGGACAUCGUCAUCAACCACCGGUGCGCCGACUACAAGGACGCCCGCGGCAUCUACUGCAUCUUCGAGGGCGGCACGCCCGACGGCCGCCUGGACUGGGGCCCCCACAUGAUCUGCCGCGACGACACCAUAUACUCGGACGGCACGGCCAACCUCGACACCGGCGCCGACUUCGCCGCGGCGCCCGACAUCGACCACCUCAACGACCGCGUCCAGCGGGAGCUCACCGACUGGCUGCUCUGGCUCAAGUCGUCCGACCUGGGCUUCGACGCCUGGCGCCUCGACUUCGCCAAGGGCUACUCCCCCGAGGUCGCCAAGGUCUACGUCGACGCCACGGCCCCGACCUUCGCCGUCGCCGAGGUAUGGAACAGCAUGGCGUACGACGGGGACAACAAGCCCGAGUACGACCAGGACCCGCACCGGCAGGCGCUGGUGGACUGGGUGGACAGGGUGGGCGGGGCGGCUUCGCCGGCCACCGUCUUCGACUUCACCACCAAGGGCAUCCUCAACGCCGCCGUCGAAGGCGAGCUGUGGCGGCUCAUCGACCCGCAGGGGAAGGCGCCGGGAGUCAUCGGCUGGUGGCCUGCCAAGGCCGUCACCUUUGUCGACAACCACGACACCGGCUCCACGCAGGCCAUGUGGCCGUUCCCCUCCGACAAGGUCAUGCAGGGCUACGCCUACAUCCUCACGCACCCCGGCAACCCGUGCAUUUUCUACGACCACUUCUUCGACUGGGGGUUUAAGGACGAAAUCGCCGCCCUGGUGGCGGUGCGCAAGCGCAAUGGCAUCACGCCGACGAGCGAGCUCACCAUCCUUGAGCACGACGGCGACUCCUAUGUGGCGGAGAUUGACGGCAAGGUCAUCGUAAAGAUCGGGUCCAGGUACGACGUCGGCCAUCUCAUCCCGGCGGGUUUUGAGGUUGCCGCCCACGGCAACGACUACGCCGUCUGGGAGAAAGCCGGCGCCGAACAAGUGACUCGAGCAUAAUAGAGUGCUCGAGAUACCGAUUUGAUUCUCAGUACAAUGUACACGGGACUGCAUUGAUAAAAUAAGUGGUUUCUCCUCUAAUAAGUAAGGGAGCGUAAAAGGGCAAUUGGAGCCAUGCAUAUGUAACCUUAAAAUAUUGUUGAGUAAAAUAUAAAGGUGAUCCCUAAAUUCUCCUUUUC